AUGGUUCAAAACUCUCUCUUUUUUCAUUCACUUUUUCUUUCUCUAUUUUUUUCCCUUAAUCUCUCCACUCAUUUAACGGUCCUUUCGCUUACACACGAAGUUCACGUGAAUUUCUUUAUAUCUAUCUACUUAUUCCAAUUUUUUCAUAUCUAUCUAUCUAUCUAUCUAUCUAUCUAUCUAUCUAUCUAUCUAUCUAUCUCUCUAUCUAUCUACUUGCCCACCUAUUUUAAUACUUCACAUGUUCAAUUGGAGCCCGAAGUACUUACAUGCUGCGUUGUUUUAUUAGAGAGAGAGAAAGGAGAGAGAGCGUGUGCGAUCUAUCUAUCUAUCUAUCUAUCUAUCUAUCUAUCUAUCUAUCUAUCUAAAACUGUUCAUUAUCUAUCUAUCUAUCUAAGUUCAUUUAUAUCUAUCUAUCUAAGGCUGUUCUCCAUUUAUAUCUAUCUAAGUUCAUUUAUAUCUAUCUAUCUAUCUAUCUAUCUAUCUAUCUAUCUAUCUCCAAUUAUAUCUAUCUAUCUAUCUAUCUAUCUAUCUAAAACUGUUCAUUAUCUAUCUAUCUAUCUAAGUUCAUUUAUAUCUAUCUAUCUAAGGCUGUUCUUCAUUUAUAUCUAUCUAUCUAUCUAUCUAUCUAUCUAUCUAUCUAUCUAUCUAUCUCCGUCUGUUCAAAUCUAUCUAUCUAUCUAUCUAUCUAUCUAUCUAUCUAUCUAUCUCUUCAUAACUCAGCUACUUUCUUUCAUCUCAUGUUUUAUCUAUUUAUUUACCUAUCUCUGCUACUUUAUUUCUUUCAUCCUAUCUAUCUAUCUAUCUAUCUAUCUAUCUAUCUAUCUAUCUAUAUCAGUAUCUUCAUAUCUAUCUAUAUAUCUCAAUCUCUUCAUAUAUAUCUCUCUUUCUCAGAUACUUUCUUUCUCCCUAUCUGUCUACAAAUCUAUGUCAAUCCUUUCAUAUCUAUCUAUCUAUCUAUCUAUCUAUCUAUCUAUCUCUCUCUCUCUCUAUAUAUAUAUAUAUAUAUUAAUCCGCAUAUGUCUAUCCCCUAUCCGUAAACUUAAUUUUUGUUUUUAUUUUUUCGUAUAUCUUCUCUUUUUACUCAAUCCCUUUUUUUUCAUGAUCUACGUGUUACUUCUUUUUGGAAAUGUCUUCCUCUCUCUCUCUCUCUUUCUCUCUCUCUUUCUCUCUCUCAAUCUCUAUCUAUCUAUCUAUCUUCCAGCUUAUAUUUCAUUCCGAGCUUAA